AUGGACACGUUAUUUUGUUUGAACAAUGGUCCAGUCUUUGCCAAUCUCACGAUUCUGGAGGAGCCAGAUAAUCUCAUGAUCGCCGUUGGACCACCACCACGGCCACCGCCCCCUCCGGCCCCACCAAGAACGCUGCCAGCGACUGACGAAGUUUGGGAAAAGUGCAGGCAGAAAGGCUGUAUGCUUGCAUGGGCAAUGCACCAUGCCGACGGCGAAGCCGGACCCCAAUAUGUUCCGCCCCGCAUUACUGCAGCAUCGCCAUACCAAAGCUUGAGUGACCUUAUGAAGUGGUACUGGUUCAGAUGGCCUCAAGAUAAGAUACGGGAAAUCUUUUUCGACUUCUACCGGGCUUGGGGCGUCGGUAAUGCGCUCGAGGCACUUGGUGUUAAUUCGAACGCGGAUGAAUACGAGGGAGGCCAGAAUCGAGUCUUCAGUAUUGACCACAAAUUGCCGCCCAAUGACCCCAAUUACAACGUCCCUGUUGAGUAUCAAGAGUACAAAGUCAACAACAAGUUAUACAGGGCUACAGGUGCGAGCUUUUCGUUCUCGGUCAACCCAAAGGACGGUGUCAUCAUUGGUUUGAACCGCGAAAGCCCCAAAGAGACGGGAAAGCUUUUAAAACCGCCAGUUCCCGAGGACCAAAUGCCAGGACUCAUCCAGUUCUCUGACGUGGCGUGGCUGAUGUGGAAAGAUAUGAUCGAGGAACACAAUGGUGAUAUCAAAAAUCUUCGAUAUCUCAUCUCAGUCUUGGUCGUCAACAGAGAGACUGCGUCAGUGGUGCUAAGAGCAUCGGAGAACAGAGGAUGGGGAGUAGACGAUUGGCCAGGGCACACGUUCGAAGACGGGUCGCCAGAGAUGCACGCAAUCAUGGCAGUACCUAGUCUGUAUACACAAAUUGGACAGUACAGGAUGGCGUCUCAAGCAACAAUCAAGAAGAUCAAGGUCAAGAACCCCGUGGUAGAGCUGGACGGUGAUGAGAUGACCAGGAUUAUCUGGCAGGUCAUCAAAGACAAGUUCAUUCACCCAUACCUUGACAUCGACCUCAAGUACUACGAUCUUGGCUUGCCAUACCGUGACGAGACCAACGACCAGGUCACGCUCGAUGCUGCUGAAGCUAUCAAGAAAUACUCUGUUGGUGUCAAAUGCGCGACCAUCACCCCAGAUGAGCAGCGCGUGGAGGAGUUCAAGCUCAAGAAGAUGUGGUUGUCGCCAAACGGCACCAUCCGCAACCACCUAGGAGGAACCGUUUUCCGCGCGCCCAUUGUCAUCCCCAGCAUCCCUCGUCUCGUACCCGGUUGGAAGCAACCCAUCAUCAUCGGCCGUCACGCUUUCGGCGACCAAUACCGUGCGAAGGACCGCGUCAUCCCCGGCGAAGGUACACUUGAGAUGGUCUACACACCCAAGGGCGGCAAGCCUGAAGUUAUCAAGGUCUACGACUUCCCAGCAGAGGGUGGUGUCGCGCAGACCCAAUACAACACCACCGAGUCUAUCUCCGGUUUUGCACACGCCUCCUUCAAGAUGGCGCUUGACAGGAAGUUGCCUCUGUACAUGAGCACCAAGAACACCAUUCUCAAGGCAUACGACGGAAAGUUCAAGGAUGUCUUCCAGGCCAUCUACGACAGCCAGUACAAGAAGGACUUCGAGGCCGCCAAGAUCUGGUACGAGCACCGCUUGAUUGACGACAUGGUCGCCCAGAUGAUCAAGAGCGAGGGUGGCUACAUCAUUGCCAUGAAGAACUACGAUGGAGAUGUUCAAUCCGACAUCGUCGCCCAAGGUUUCGGCUCCCUCGGCCUUAUGACCUCCACCCUCAUCACCCCUGACGGCAAAACGUUCGAAGCCGAAGCCGCGCACGGUACUGUCACCCGCCAUUUCCGCGAACACCAAAAGGGCAACGAGACCUCCACCAACCCCAUCGCCUCCAUCUACGCCUGGACACAAGGUCUGGCCAAGCGUGGUGAGCUAGACAACACACCUGAGCUUGUCGUCUUCGCCGAGCAGCUCGAGAAGGCUUGCGUGGACACCGUGGAUGUUGACAAGAUCAUGACUAAAGACUUGGCCCUUGCAUGCGGAAAGAAGGACCGGGAGUCUUGGGUUACUACCAACGAGUACCUUGAUGCGGUUGAGAGGAGAUUGAAGUCGAGCUUGAAGGAGAAGCUAUAA